UCUAUUCUGCUUUCCAUCUGCCAACGGCUUUAUUGGCGCAAAAGAAUCUCUCUCCCUCUUACCCCUUAAAAAGACAAACAAAACACUAGAAAAGAUAAAGAGAAACCCCUCUACAAAUCUCUAUCUCUCUUCUCUCUGUUUCAAGUCUCUCUUUUGAUAGCCAAAAUGAAACAAUUGAAAGAGACAUAGAGGAGAUAGAAGCAAAGCAAAAGUUGAAGGCAAAACCUCUCUCAUUCAUUCAUAUGACACCCCCCCCAACAUCCGUGUUGAAGUCAAAGCCACCAUUUUGCUCUCUUUCUUUCUUGUUUUUUUUUCCUUCCUCUUCACUUUUUCUCCUUAUUAGAACAACCCACCCUUCUGUUUUCAGCUCUUAUCCUCUACCCCAAAGCUCAAAAUGGUUCAAACAAUAAAACCCCACACCAAAUAUCUUGCUUUUUGUAAUGGUUUUUGCUUGUUUUUGAUCCUCAACGUAUAAAGUAUCUGUCUUUUAGUUUCCCUCCAUCUUGGGCUUUGUUGCUUGUUGCUUGCUGCUACUAUGGGUACUCAAGAUUGUUGGGUUAUGGUUGUUGUCCUUGGGUUCUUCUUCCAAGCUCAGUUACUCAACUCACAAAUCCUGACAUGCAAUCCAAAGGACUUGACUGCACUCCAGGGUUUCAUGGGCAAUUUGACAACAAAACUUGAAGGCUGGACCACAAAUUCAUCAACUGAUUGUUGUGACUGGGAAGGCAUAACUUGUGAUCCUUCAUCUUCUGGUAGAGUAAUCAAGCUGGAACUUUCCAAGAAAAAAUUAGCAGGCAUAUUAUCUGAUUCUUUAGCUGGUUUGGAUCAGCUUAAAACUCUCAAUCUUUCCCACAAUUUCCUUAUAAACUCACUGCCAGUAUCUUUGUUUCAUAUGCCCAAGUUAGAGAUUCUUGACUUGAGCUAUAAUGACUUCUCUGGAGCAAUCCCAGAAAGCAUCAAUCUUCCUUCAAUUCGAAAUCUUGAACUUUCGUUCAAUUACUUGAAUGGCUCUCUUCCUUCCCAUAUUUGUGUUAAUUCUACUCAAAUUCAGUUCCUUAGUUUGGCAGUGAACUAUUUCUCUGGUAAUAUUUUACCAGGGCUUGGAACUUGUUCUUCCUUGGACAAACUUUGUCUUGGCAUGAAUGAUCUCACCGGUGGGAUAACUGAAGACAUCUUUCAGCUUCAAAAUUUGACCCUUUUGCGGCUUCAAGAUAACAACUUCUACGGAGAGCUUAGUCCUGGUAUUGCUAAUCUCUCUAAACUUGUUCGUUUAGAUAUUUCUUCAAAUAAUUUUUCUGGAGAGAUCCCUGAUGUCUUCAAUCAGCUACAGAAUUUUCAGUAUCUUGUAGCUCAUUCAAAUAAAUUUAGCGGUAAAAUUCCUAGUUCAUUGUCCAAUUCUCCAGUCAUUAAUUUGCUAAAUUUGAGGAAUAAUUCUUUGGAGGGUUCUAUAGAUCUUAAUUGCUCAGCUAUGGUUGCUUUGAACUCCCUGGAUUUGGCUACGAAUAAGUUUAAUGGGCCUGUGCCUGAUAAUCUUCCCUUAUGUAGACAAUUGAAAAAUAUUAAUCUUGCCAGGAAUACUUUCAGUGGCCAAAUCCCUGAGAGCUUCAAAGAAUUUCAUAGCCUUUCUUAUCUUUCCCUCUCGAAUUCGAGCCUCCAUAAUCUUUCCUCUGCCCUUCAAAUUCUGCAGCAAUGUAGGAAUCUAACUGCUUUAGUCCUCACCUUGAAUUUUCCUGGUGAAACAUUACCUGAUGAUCCUACUCUGCAUUUUGAGAAGCUGAAGGUUCUGGUUAUUGCAAGCUGCAGACUUAAAGGUUCAAUUCCCCAGUGGUUGAGAAACAUUACUGCUUUGCAGUUGUUGGAUUUAUCGUGGAAUCAUUUGGCUGGAGCAAUUCCACCAUGGUUUGGAAGCUAUAGGGAUCUCUUUUACUUGGACUUAUCGAACAAUUCGUUUACAGGAGAGAUCCCAAAAAGUUUAACUGAAUUACCAAGCCUCAUUGAUGGAAAUAUCUCGCUGGAGGAGCCUUCACCAGAUUUUCCUUUCUUCAUGAAAAGGAAUGAAAGUGGGAGAGGAUUGCAGUAUAAUCAAAUUUGGAGUUUUCCACCAACACUUGAACUUGGUCACAACUUUCUUAGUGGACCAAUCUGGCCAGAGUUCGGGAAUCUGAAAAAGGUUCAUGUGUUUGAUUUGAAGUUCAAUAAUUUAUCCGGACCGAUUCCAGGGAAUUUGUCUGGGAUGAGCAGCUUGGAGAUUCUGGAUCUAUCGCAUAAUGACUUAUCAGGGACCAUACCACCUUCACUGGAACGGCUCAGUUUUCUGUCUACAUUUAGUGUUGCCUACAAUCAGCUUUCCGGGAGGAUCCCCUCUGGAGGUCAGUUUCAGACAUUUCCAAAUUCCAGCUUCGAAGGAAACAAUCUUUGUGGUGAUCAUUGGUCCCGGUGUCAAGAUGCUACUAGUGAAGAUCGUCAUGAAUCCCCAAAAAGCUCAAGAAGGAACAAGGUUAUCAUCAUUGGAAUGGUUGUUGGAAUCAUACUUGGGACAGCUUUUCUGCUUGGCCUUAUGUUUGUGAUUGUGUUGCGUGCGCAUAAGCGGGGUGAGGUUGAUCCUGAGAAAGAGGAGCCUGACACCAAUGAUAAAGAUUUGGAAGAACUCAGUUCAAGGCUAGUGGUCCUCUUCCAAAAUAGGGAAACCUACAAAGAGCUCUGCAUUGAUGACCUUUUGAAGUCAACCAACAAUUUUGACCAAGCAAAUAUCAUCGGUUGUGGAGGUUUUGGUUUGGUUUACAGAGGCACCCUCCCUGAUGGUCGUAAGGUCGCUAUUAAACGGCUCUCUGGUGACUGUGGUCAGAUGGAUAGAGAAUUCCGUGCUGAAGUUGAAGCACUUUCAAGAGCACAGCAUCCAAAUCUUGUCCAUCUGCAAGGUUAUUGCAUGCAUAAGGGUGACAGGCUCUUAAUAUAUUCUUACAUGGAAAAUGGUAGUUUGGACUAUUGGUUGCAUGAGAAGGUUGAUGGACCAUCCUCGCUGGAUUGGGAAACAAGGCUGCAAAUCGCACUGGGGGCGGCUAGGGGUCUAGCUUAUUUGCACCAAUCAUGUGAGCCUCAUAUUCUUCACAGAGAUAUAAAGUCAAGUAACAUUCUUUUAGAUGAGAAUUUUAAAGCCCACUUAGCCGAUUUUGGUCUUGCAAGGCUCAUACUUCCCUAUGAUACCCAUGUAACCACUGAUCUGGUAGGGACAUUAGGGUACAUACCUCCUGAAUACGGCCAAGCUUCUGUCGCAACCUAUAAAGGUGAUGUGUACAGUUUUGGAGUUGUGCUUUUGGAGCUUCUGACUGGGAAAAGGCCCAUGGAUAUGUGCAAGCCAAGAGGAUCCCGGAAUUUGAUCUCUUGGGUGAUUCGCAUGAAGAUCGAAAAUAGGGAGAGUGAGGUUUUUGAUCCAUUUAUCUAUGGCAAGCAGCAUGAUAAGGAAAUGUUGCGGGUUCUUGAAAUUGCAUGCCUUUGUUUAAGCGAAAGCCCUAAAGUUCGGCCUACAACUCAGCAACUAGUCUCUUGUCUUGACAAAGUUGACAUCAGCAUCUAGCUUGGAAAUGCAACUAUGGCAAACUCUGGUUGUACAGCCAGAAAUAUUUCUCCUAGACCCAUUGUUGCAGAAGCUCCAACACAAGCAGUAGAAAUUGGCAGCUUUUCAUAGUAAUGUCACCCUGUUGUAAAUAUUACUCCACAUAUGUGGCCUAUCAGAUUUUGCCGCUCUCCAACUUGGAGGACAGGGAGGGAUCUAACAAAAGCAACUAGCAAUUUUAUCUCAAACUUUGUAAGUUUUCACAUUCAAAGUUAGUUUCUUACGUGUAAAGAAUAAAGUUUUAUUUUAUUUUUUGUAUGUAACGGUGGUUCAUAUUUCAUAUGAAAUGAGAAGAUUCUCUUCAGAUCA